AUGGCGCCCCCUUUCCCGAACGUCAAUCCCAACACCUGCACGCUUGGGAAUUCUCCAACAUACAGCAUCAAUGUGACGAAGGCUGAGGAUGCAAUCGCCGGAGUAAAAUUCGCGAAACAACACAACAUCCGCUUGGUCGUGAAGAAUACUGGACACGACUACUUGGGACGGUCAACUGGAAAGGGCGCGUUGAGUCUAUGGACCCACAAUCUCAAGAACAUCGAGUUCCUCGAUACGUAUAAUAGCUCAAAGUACACUGGAAAUGCCGUCAAGAUGGGCGCAGGCGUGCAAGGAUACGAUGUCCUCGCUGCUGGCGAACAGAACAAGAAGCGCAUCGUGGCUGGGUACUGUCCAACUGUUGGUGUUGUUGGGGGGUACACGCAGACCUCCGGCUUCAGCGCGUUGUCCGGCGCAUAUGGGCUCGGAGCUGACCAGGCACUGGAGUGGGAGGUCGUCACGACCGAAGGCGAGCACCUCAUUGCAAGCCCCGACAAGAACAGCGAUCUUUACUGGGCUCUUUCUGGUGGUGGUGCAGGAGCCUAUGCUGUAGUCAUCUCCCUUACCGCAAAAACAUGGCAGGAUGGCAAGGUCGCCGGUGCCGUUCUAAACCUCAACCACACUCUUUCCGACGCAUUUUUCGCUGCCUUCGCGGAAUGGCAAACGCAACUUCUCACGCUCAAUCAACUGCCCGGCUUCCAGAGUGCCUUCCAGACGACCCAGACCACCUUCGCUAUCAACUUCAUUUCUUGGCCAGGCCACGACUCCUCGGAAGUGCGGAAGGUGUUGACGCCCUACACCGACUAUCUUAAAGCACAAAACCUGACCUAUAACCUCGCACUGAGCGACGACACAAGCUACUGGACCCACUACGAGCGCUACGAAGAAGACCUUCCCCUACGGCCCCUUCUCCAUCUCCGACGUCAUCACCAGCCGCUUGAUUCCGCAGAAAGUUGUCGAGACCAACGUCGACGCCCUCACCAACGCCUACCGCGAGAUCCUUGCUGA